AUGGCGGACAAUGAGAGUGGCAAAUGUGAUGAAGAAGGACAGAAAGUUCAGCAUUGGAUACGAAACGAUCAAAGCAAAAUUUAUAAUACAAUUGAAGAAACUGUUAAAUCCACCCAAAAUGAUCAUCGGGUGAGAAAGAAUAAUCCGUUAGAAGGAGCGAAAAGGAAUCGAUGCCGGUUUUCCAUCUCGGAUAUAUUGAGCGAUAAGCAUUCCACAAGCCGUACCAGCAAGUAA